AUGUGGAAGGCAGAGCCCCGCCCAUCCCAUGACGGUCAGGGCGUCCACAGGUAUAUAAGGGACGGCUGCCGCUUUUCCCGACAGACAGCUCCUCGACGGUGGGUCAACAUGAAUGCUCUGACUGUGAUUUCCGUGGCAGCCUUCGUGGCUAGCGGCAGCGCUUCCUUGCUUUCGUACAACGGCGUAUAUGGAGGUCAUCAAGGCCUUCUUGGCGCCUAUCCUUAUGCAGGUUAUUCUGGUCUGCACCCUUAUUCAUACGCAGGUGUCCUUCCUGCAGCUAAUCAUCUCAACCUCAAAACACCUGUGGUCAACACCGUGGCUCCUGCUCCUGUCUCUUACAACGUAGCUCCUUUCGCACCUGUAGCACCUGUCCUGUCUCAGUACCACGCUCAGGAUGAGCUCGGUCAGUACUCCUUCGGUUACGCCGGUGGUCCUUCUUCACGAGCUGAGUCUCGCGACGCCUUCGGUGUUGUCCGUGGUUCAUACAACUACGUGGACUCUGAGGGAAAGGUUCAGACUCAGCACUACGUGGCUGACGCCCUCGGAUUCCGUGUGUCCGGCACCAACCUGCCAGUGGCUCCCGACACCCCUGUGGCUGCUCCUCUGGCCGCCCUUCCCGGUCCCAUUCCCGAACCCGUCCAGGACACUCCUGAGGUAGCCGCCGCAAAGGUCGCCCAUCAGCAGGCCUAUGACGAAGCUGCAGCCGCCGCCGCGGCCGCCCCCGAUACCCGCAAGAAGCGCUCCGUCCUUGCGGCUCCCGGCCUUGGUGUCUACUCUCCACUCCGUUUUUCAUACGGCUUCUCCACUCCCCUCCACUACGCCCACCCAGCAGCCUAUGCUUCUCCUCUUCACUACACUGCCGCCCAUCCCGCCCUCAACACUUACAACGCUGCCCACGUCCCCACCACAUACGCCGCCGCCGCGGGACCCGCUCUCCGUGACGCCGAGCUCCUCCGUGUGGUCCACAACCCCGGCCACGCCACCUCCUACCGCGUGCUCAACUGAGUGCCACGAGCUCAUUCACUCACAGUCGCUUGUGUGGACCUGGUGUGUAGAGCACUUGCCCGAUCAUCACCUUUAACCAGCAGACAUGUCCCCAGGAAUUACUUGGUGAUACAUGAUGCCUGUAAAUGGUGUUUUUAGGUCUAGUGUUGACACUUCCUAUGUUAGUCCACACAAUGUAAAAAGCAAUCAUGUAAAUCACAAUGUAAAAUAUAUUUCUCAUAAAUAAACAAAUAUUCUA